AUGGACGCAAGUAAGAAUAAUAAUCGUCUCGCUGCUGACAUGAUCAGCGUUGCUUUGGAUGCGGCAAAAGGGCACGAAAUAUCCACCGAAUAUCUGGAUCAGAUUCGUAAGACAGCUGUCAAUAGUUCCAACCAAUCGGACUCACUUGCGGCCAAACAUAUUCUUUGUGUACAUGCUGCUCAACGCUGUGAAUUCGUGGAACCGAAUUAUUUCGUCAGUCUAUCUGAACUUUUAUCGACUGAUAAUGUAAUAAUUCGUUCAUGUGUCAUGUGGACAUUUGCAAUGACAUUACCAUGUGAGAAUGUUCUUAAUUCAUUUUUAAUUCAAGUAUUAUUCGAUUCAUUGAAAAAUGAAACACUCGGCUGGAGCGUUGCUUAUCUUUUCCGGAAGAUGUCGGAAAAUGGUAAAUACAUACCGAUGAUGCCUGAUGCCAAAUGGGUCUCUAUGACAAAGCUAUUAUUCGACGAAAAACUGAAUGAACAGGUUCGCACAGCGAUCGUCCACACGUUAAGUCAAGUGCUCAAGGUUCGACAAACAACUGCGCCAAUAAUCAAACAUGACCUAGAAGAAUUAGUGAUACUUAAAAAGAUUCCCAUACAACUCUUUGUUGCAACAGUGAAUGCUUUACAUUUAAUGGUCAUCGAUGGUGCUAUUCUUGAAGACAAAACAGUGAACAAAUUACGCCACUUAGCAACGAACACUGAUAGUACAUGUAUAGAAUGUAUUCACGAAUUACUGGAUUUUGUUGAUCAUAAACGAAUUUUGUCUAAUGUAGUUCUCCUUACAGAUAAUAGCCCUGUGAAAAAGGAAUUAACCAUUAGUCAGAGCACAUCGAUCUCUCGUUGUGAAGAACAAUCGAACGAGCCAACAUCGAACGCGCUAGAUCUCGAUCAUUUACUAGGUACGACUGGUUAUCUCGAUCGAACAUUUAAUGCCGAGGCGCAACCAAAAACUGUUUCAUCGGGCAGCAAUCGGGCUUGGUAUCGAUCGAAUCUUCAGGAAAUAGAGAAUUUAGGGAUGUUAGCUACAAAAGGGCAAUUGAAAGACCGAGAUUUUGAUUAUCUUUUAGCCGAGUUCAAAAGUGCGGUUUAUAUCGGUUGGAGCAAACUGAAAACUCGAUCAUCCGUACAUAAAAUGAUCGCCACUAUCUUUCGAGAUGCAGCGAAAGUCAAACAAGCCAUUCCAUUGGGCAUCAUUGAUGAAAUGGCUGGUCGAUUGAUAAAUGAUGAACAAGGUGUAUCUGGUUUAUGCGCUGAAACUCUUUUAACCAUCGUCAAGAACCAACAUGACUUAAACGAUAAACAAAUGAAAAAAAUUGAAGAAGCCUUAGUCAAAACAAGCGAUUCUGCAGUGAAACAAAACUUGAUCGAAAUCUACGCUCUGUACAUUUCGAAAGGUUAUCAUUCAACAUUAGAUUUAAGUUCCAUUGAAAAAGAUUUACAAAACCCUGAUACGUGUUUACCUCCCAGUUAUCUGUUUUUUAAAGCAGUGGCUAUCGACAAACACACAUUUACUGAUCAAACACUACGAAUUCUAAGUCAAGUCAGCAUGAAUGAUAAAUAUAAUAUCAACGCACGAAACAAUUGUUUAUUGGCGAUAGCGUACAGUAUCCGAGAGAGCAAAGCGAAACAGUCGAUCUCUGCAGAAGUAAUCAAUGAUCUUGCUGAAAUGCUGACCAACCCAGAUACGAGUAUCAAACAAACAGCAGCAGUAGCACUUUGUUAUUAUGGUAAGGACGAAAAGAUUGUCUUAUCUGUACAAGUUCUUGAACGAUUGGCUGUUAUGCUCGCCGCAGAAGAUCAAGCGCUAUUAGAUAAUCUUGUCUCUCUCUAUCACAAAGUGUCGCAAAGUGAUCAAAUUAUUCCUGUUGUGGCAUUGAACAAUCUUGCACAUAUUCUUCAACAUUCGGACUUUUCCCUUCGUCAAAAAGUUCUCUGGAUAUUCAAUCAUGUCGUGACUAAAGGAAGAGAACUACCUACAGUCAUUCUCGAUAAAAUCGACCUUUGUUUAGAUGAUCAAGAAUUUCAUAUUCGAGAUCCAGCAGGUCGAACGUUUAUUACCUACUGGAAAAGUCAACUGCAGAAAGGUGACAAUGAACGAAUUCGCCAUAUAUCAGCUCGAUUGGAGAAACUAUUGAUUCUAUUUCAGCAUCCAUACGAAUCAACGGUACGAAUCUCAGCAUUGAAAUUUCUUCAACAACUGGUAGAAAAAGAUAUUGAUUUGCCCGAAACAAUUCUUCAAUUAAUUGAAAUGUGUCUUUAUGAACGUGAAGCAAAUAUUUCUAAGGAAGCCAUCGCCGUUGUUCUAUCUUAUUCCCAACGUCGAUCGCUGCGAAAGACCACUGUCGUUUGUUUAGAACAUUUAUUAACCACUGAAACACCAAUUCUGUCUGAUAUCAUCGUCAUUUUGAAAUCUAUCGUUGAAUCUGGUCGUGUUCUAUCGAAAAAAGUUGUCGAUAUUCUUGGUCAAUUGAUUUUAACGAAAAGCGAUCCUAACAAUAUCGUCAUUCUUCUCACGUUCGCUGAUCGCCAUCAACCAUUAUCAAAAUUGGUCGACGAAGUACUUCGUCAAAUUUAUUUUGCUAAAGCGUUAAAAUACUCGACAAAUCAAAUGACAAUUGACAAAGCUGUUGAAGGAUUACUUCGAUUGACGCAGAAAGGUCAACAGUUAUCAUUAUUUGCUCUCAAUAUAUUAUUCGAAUUGCUGAAAUCAGUCAAAUACCAGUCUUUAUUGAUGCCAAUUAUCCUUACUGUUAUCUGCAAUGGACAACAUAUAAAAGAUGAGGAACAUCGUUCUUUGUUAGAUCAAAUCUUUCUUCAAAGUGGUAAUCAUCCGACACGUGAUUUAGUAUUGAUCUUUACUGAAUUGAGUCGACAAAAUCAAGUCAUUUCUGAUAGUGCUGUACAUCAUUUGGAAAAACUUCUUGACGAUCAAUCGAUUAAUAUAUUCAUCAUCGAGAUCUAUCAACAUUUGCUCGAACGACGAAAACCUCUCGACCCAUCUAUUGUUCAACGAAUACUUAAAUCGUUUGAUGUGAAUAUCUGGAAAGAUCUAUCCGCGGAUUUCCAACAUCGAUUAACAUCGUUCUUCAAUGCUUUAGCCAACAAUCAACCUAUCAAUGCAGAUCAAACUCAUUUACCUUCGUUUCUUCGACUUCAACAACCAGUUACGAUGCUUCGAGAAAUCUGUUCGGCUAUUCGUACUCUCGCAGUCUAUCACCAAGAUCUUCAGCCAAGAAUGAUCGAUGCUCUUUUUCAACUAUUGGACAGUGAAAUCGAUACAGACAUUCAAGAAAUCAUUUUGAAAACAUUAAGUUUAGAUCGAACGAAUUUUCCUGAUAGAUACAAUGAUCUAAAAGAAUGUCUGCAUCUAUUGGAUCAUGCUUCAAAUCUCGAUGAUCAAUCAUUGCUGAUACAAUUAAGACAUCCGGUGAAAAGUAACAAGAAAUUACCAGAAGCUUAUUUAGUACGAUUGUCACAUAUGCUCUACAGUUGUGAUCCCAAACUGAAGGCAGAAGCCGCUGUGCUUCUCGCGUCGACUCUUCCGACAUAUUCAAGUCUUCCAAAGAAGGUACUUGAUGCCAUCUAUUUAACUUUGUUGGAUGAUUCCAUUAAUAUGCACACAUUACCAUUGCUGUUCGAUUUAAAAUCAACAUGGACACCAUCGGUGACUGAUGCUCUUCUUCAUCUUGUCUCUCACUCGAAACAAGCAUCGAUUCAACAGCAAGCUCAAAGAUUACUGGUCACUCAGAAGAAUAGCAACGUGAAAGUACGCGAAUUUCUUGACAAUCAAGACCUUUUACUAUCAGAAAAGCAGCAUGCACAUGUUCAAACAAUGAUCCUCGCAUCGGAUACCAAUGAUGUCCAUCGAGCAUUGAAGAUCAUUCGUGCCAUGAUCAUUCUCGAUAAACAUGUACCGCAUAAACUUCUCUCUACUGUUGUUGCCCAAUUGACCCAACAUCCGGAUGAAAUUAUCGAUUUAUUGAUUCUUGCAUUCAAGCAUGGCAUUCAGUUCGAUGAAAUACUCUUUCGGUCGAUUAAAAAUGAUCUCUGCUUAUGUCAAACUGAACAUAUGUUCGCCCUCAUUCGAAUCUUGACCGAAAAAGCUGUUCCUUUCCAUGAAAAAACACUGGACCUUAUUUUGUCUCAAGUGAAUUCAAAUGCAGCGAACGAAUCACUAAAUUGCUUAGAAAACAUUGCCCGAUAUCAACAUCUACCUGAUCGUCUCAUUUCGUAUUUCGUCAAACAGCUCUUUGAAGAUUCGGACGAUGUCGUCAAAAAAUCUUUCAGUAUCCUUCGUCUUCAAAUCUCACAAAGUUACAUUAAAUUUUCCCACGAGUUGUUUCAGUCUGUUCCAUUACCAUCGAUCAUCGAUCGAGAUCGGCUGACUAAAGAAACAACCGCUCAACAAUAUCUUGGCACGCUUCAAACGCUUUUAUUUGUUGAAUAUCUUGAACCAACGACAUUCGAACUUCCAGCUACUCAAUGGUCUCGCCAAUGUUUGUGCAUUGAUUUAUUGACGAGCUGUUCCGAUCAAACUCCUGAUCGAAUUCUGACAUUUUAUCAUCAUUUGACAAAGUUCGAAUUGUUCAAACAGUACGAGAUGUACGACGAGCAGCGUGAUGAUUUUCUGCGAGUAUUAAUUGAAAAACAACGCUCGUGUCAUUUCAAUUUAGACACCGUCAAUCAAGUUCUUAUCUUCUCAAGGACUUCAACGAAUCAAACGAUAAAAAUUUUACAAUCGGAUGAUGAUGAUUGGCUCUCCCAAAUGCAUUUAGAUUUUAUUCGAGAGAUAAUUAGUCAAGGAUCGCUCCAUGAGCAUUACUCUCAAACAGCCCUGAAUCAAAUAGUUGAACGAAUUUCCAAAGAAUCGAAUCUUUUGGCAGAAUUGAUUGAACCGUUUCUUCAACUUACACAAACGCUCGAUGAGAUUUUGACCAUUCUUGAUCUUGUGGCAACAUAUCAAAUUAAUGGUAAACAUUUAUUCGAUAUAUUUGUUAAAUCUAAAAAUCUCGAUGGAUUCGAAUCAUUUCAAAAAGAGCUCGAAGUGAUAAUUAUCAACAAAACAUUAUCAGUUUGUGCCAAUGGAUCUGACGAACAGUUGAACGUUGCUCGUCAUAACUUACAUAUCUUGCUUGAGAAUGGUUGGCGAUUAAGCAAAAUCACUGAUUUAUUGGAUAGUCUCAAGCAACAUCAAAAGAACAUCAAUAGUUUGCCUCAAUUUCUGGAAUCUUUACAGAUUCUUGUAGAUUAUAAAAUAAAUGAAAACGUUCUGAAUCUGUUAAGAGAUAUCUUAUCUCAUAAAGAUAUUCAGUCUUGGCCAGCAAGUGUUCACGGUCUCGCCAUCGAACGCUGCUUUGGAUCCAUCAGUUCCGAGAAAAAUAUAACCACUCUAUUAACUGAAAUCAAAAAUGACAAUCCUGGUAUUGAUGUUGAACAUUUCAAAAAACUGUUUACUGAAAUCGAUCAAGCCUAUGAAAAAGAUUCUUCCCGCUUUCCAGAGGCUCUACCAGUCAAAAACUGGAACAUCAUGCAAAUUCAAAAUUGGGCUGCUAAAGUUUAUACGUUUCAAUCGACUGCACUUAAUCGCUGUCCUUUGUCAGAAAUUCUUGCCGUAAUCAAACGUGCUGUGCAUCUUGAUUCUCAUUUUGAACCCCGACCAAUUCAAGUUUUGGCUGUUCUUAUUAUGCUUGAUCGCAAUCAGCAAGGAGGACGUCUUUUACAAAUAUUAACAGGUGAAGGUAAAUCCACCGUUGUUUCGAUCCUGGCUGUGAUCAAAGGUUUGCAAAAUCAACAUGUUGACAUUAUCACAAGUUCAAUGACUUUAGCAAAACGCGAUGCUCACGAACGAGAAAAAUUCUAUCAAUAUUUUAAACUAAGCGUGUCUCAUAACAAUGACGAGACCAACUACGUUUCCGGGCCAAAACCUUGUUAUGCAGCCAAUAUCGUCUAUGGUACUUCUAGUCAAUUUCAAUUCGAUUUGCUUCGUCAUGAAUUUAGUCUACUCGAUACACGUUCAAUUCAUAAUAACAUCGGUGUAGCUCGUCGUCACGACGUGAUAAUCAUCGAUGAAGUUGACAGCAUGCUUAUUGAUGAAAACAAUACCAUUGCUCGUUUAGCUGACCAGUUGCCUGGAAUGGAAUGGCUUAGCUCAUCACUCUAUGGAGUUUGGCGAACAGUUGAAGCUGACGCGGACGUCUUCUCCCAUCGAAAUUCAAUCAUAAAGGAUCUCAAAACACUUUUUCUCGAUCCAAAAUCACCAUUACAAUUUCCCAAGCAUUUACGCCGAUUUGUUAUUGAUUCUCUUCCCACAUGGGUUGAGCAUGCGAUCCGUGCUAAAGUUGAAUACCGUCUUGAUCAUCACUACAUGAUCAAAGACGACGGAACACGCACGAAACGAAUUGUGCCUAUCGAUUUUUCCAAUACAGGUGUCAUUCAGGCGAGUACAACAUGGAGCGAUGGUCUCCAUCAAUUUCUUCAAAUCAAACACGGCCUCAAAAUGACGCCGUUGACUGUAACUACUAAUUACCUCUCAAAUGUCGGUCUCUUUACUCGUUAUGGUACUCAAAUUUACGGUUUAACAGGUACCAUCGGUUCGAAAAACGCUCAAAAUCUGCUGCAGAAGAUUUACGAUAUCGAUACGGUCAUUAUUCCACCUUUCAAAGAGAAACGCCAUAUGGCAUUCGAUUCCAUAUUGACUAUGAGCGAUGAUCAAUGGUUGAACACUAUCGUUUCUAGUAGUGUAAGUCAUGCACAAAACCGCCGAGCUGUUCUCAUCAUUUGCGAAACUCGAUUGGACGCCAAAGCGAUCAGCAAAGAGUUGCAACGUGCGGAUCCAACUUGUCUCAUUCGUCUUUAUACAGACAAUACUGAUGCAGUCGAAUCCAAUGCUGUGAAUGAUAAAAUUCAACAUGGUGAGAUCAUUGUGGCCACGAAUUUGGCAGGCCGAGGGACAGAUCUGAAAACCAGUCCAGAAGUGGAAAAACAUGGUGGCCUUCAUGUUUGUUUGACAUUUUUACCUAAUAAUUUACGUGUCGAAAAGCAAGCAUUUGGACGCACAUCUCGACAAGGCAAUCGUGGCACAUCACAAAUGAUUCUUUGUCACCAUCGCACUUUACGUCAACUGGUGAACACUCAUCCCAAUCUAUCUGAUACAGACCUAACUGAUUCUUCUGAUCCAUUAACGUUGUUCAGUUGCUGGCGAGAGCAAGCCGAACGUGCACAUCUCGAUCGUAUUUGGACUGAAGAAAUUAAUGAAAUCAAAUUGAAAGAUAAUUUAUUCAACAAGUUUUGUCAACUGCUCGCUCAAUUACGAAGUGUAAACAAUGAUCCUUACCGAUUGCUCAGUGUAAAGGAACGAUGGGGUCUAUGGCUGAAAGCAAUGGAUCAUGCCACUCAGAAUCGGAAAAAGCUCCAACAGGCCGUCGAGGCAGAUGGGUAUGAGUGCCAUGAAGUGGCUCGCGGUGAUGAUAGUUUUUAUCAUGCUAUAUCACAUCAACUAGCGGGAAAAUUAGAGAUACGUGAUAUCAAACAGAAAGUUAUGAAACACAUCGAUGACAAUAAGGAUCUUUACACUGAAAUGAAUGAUGAACAACAAUAUCACGCGACAAGCAGUGCGUUAAAGGUGUCGAUCAUUAUUUACCGAAGUGAUUAUGGAGGUCCACACGUUUAUAAACAUGACAAUGCCUCAGCUGAAUGUUUUCUUGGAUAUGAAGCUGACUCUUACUAUGUUUCUCUUCGAAAGACCGCCACAGAAAACAAAACAUCCACCGCACAGUCCCGUAGUAGUGACGCAAAAUCACGUAAGCAAAAGAUAUCGACCCACGCUAAACUGUUCAACGGUAUGAAGUUUAUGGCAAAUAAAGUCAAAGAUUUAGGUCAACAUCUGAUAAAACAAUCUGAAAUUCAAACGUUCAAAUUGAACCUUGAUGCUGAAUUCGAAGUUUUCAAGAAACAGAUCGAGAAAGAUUUUCAAACAGAUGAUAUCAUUCAAAAUCCUUGUUAUCUACGUAAGUGA